GCGCGCCCGCCAGUGUCGGGAGCGAGUGCGCGCCCCCGCCGCUGACAGCCGGGCGGGUCUCGGUGUCGGUCUCGGUGUCGGGCCCGGGGACAGCGGAGACAAGCUGCGGCCUCUCGUCACCCGCACCCGGGACAGGGACAGGGACAGGGACCAGGGGCAGUCCCACUGCCCGCACCCCCCGCGUCAGCCCCAGACCCAGCUCCAGACCCAGCUCCAGCUCCAGCGCUGCCGGCACAAUGGCCCACACCCGGCCCGCCACCAACAUGAGCGACAGGAACAGUUGGGGGGGAUUGUCGGAGGGCAGCUUCAGCGGGACGCCGGAAGACGAGACUGACCAGCGGCCCAGGCCGGUGCAGAUCCUCCUCAUCAACGACGACCACACCUUCCAGCUGGACGAAGAGGCUCUGAACAGAAUCCUGCUCUCCGAGGAGGUGCGGGACCGAGAGGUGGUGGCCCUGUCUGUGGCCGGGGCCUUCCGCAAAGGGAAAUCGUUUCUCAUGGACUUCAUGCUGAGAUACAUGUACAGCAAGGAUCGCAGUGAGUGGCUGGGCCACACUGAAGAGCCGCUGACGGGAUUUUCCUGGCGUGGUGGGUCUGAGCGGGAGACAACCGGGAUCCAGAUCUGGAGCGAGGUGUUCCUGGUGGACAAGCCGGACGGGCAGAAGGUGGCCGUGUUGCUGAUGGACACACAGGGAACAUUCGACAGCCAGUCAACUCUCCGAGACUCUGCCACCGUGUUUGCCCUCAGCACCAUGAUCAGCUCCAUGCAGGUGUACAACUUGUCUCAAAAUAUUCAGGAAGAUGACCUCCAGCAUUUACAGCUCUUCACUGAAUAUGGACGCCUUGCAAUGGAAGAAACGUCUCAGAAACCCUUUCAGUCUCUGAUAUUUCUCGUCCGUGAUUGGAGUUUCCCGUAUGAGUUCAACUACGGUCUGGACGGAGGUAUCAAGUUCCUGGCGAAACGUCUGAAGAUCUCAGAAAACCAGCAUGAAGAGCUACAGAACGUCAGGAAGCACAUUUAUUCCUGUUUCACAGACAUAUCCUGCUUCCUCAUGCCUCACCCGGGCUUGAAAGUGGCCACUAAUCCCAACUUCGACGGACGGCUGAAAGAGAUCGAUGAUGAGUUUGUAAAAUACCUGAAGGUUCUGGUCUGCUGGCUUCUCAGCCCCGAAAACCUGGAGUUGAAAGAAAUUAAUGGAAAUAACAUCACUGGUCGUGGACUUGUGGAAUAUUUCAAGGCCUACAUUAAGAUCUACCAAGGGGAGGAGCUGCCACAUCCCAAGUCAAUGUUGCAGGCCACAGCAGAGGCCAACAAUUUAGCAGCGGUGGCAGCAGCCAAGGAUCUGUACAGCAGAAAGAUGGAGGAGGUUUGUGGAGGAGACAAGCCAUUUCUGGCCCCCAAUGACCUCCAGAACAAACACGCUGAGCUUCGUGAGGAAUCGGUCAAGCUGUUCCGCGGGGUGAAGAAGAUGGGCGGAGAGGAGUUCAGUCGCCGCUACCUGCAGCAGCUGGAGGGCGAGGUGGACGAGUUGUACGGCAACUACAUCAAACACAACGACAGUAAAAACAUCUUCCACGCAGCGCGCACCCCGGCCACCCUGUUUGUGGUGAUAUUUAUCAUGUACGUGACCGCCGGAGUGACGGGCUUUAUCGGUGUGGACAUCGUGGCUAGUCUGUGCAACAUGAUCAUGGGCUUGUCCCUGAUCACCCUGUGCACGUGGGUGUACAUCCGUUACACCGGGGAAUACAGGGAGCUCGGAGCCGUCAUUGACCAGGUGGCUGGAGCCUUGUGGGACCAGGGAAGUACUAAUGAGGCACUAUUCAGGCUGUACGACGCGGCUACAAGCCACAGGCACAUAUACCACCACACCUUCCCCGCAGCACAACCAGAAAGCAGUGCCGACACCAGGAAGAAAAAAUGACUUGCCCAGAUUCCUCAGCGUACAAUCACAAGAGAGAAACUUUGUUGUUAUUGUGCAUUCACAUGCCACUAAUCCGAGAAGUGCUACAUAAACGGAAAGCCUACUAUAGCUUAAAUCUAAAUGAAAUGGUACUUCAACACUUGGACACUGUGCAGGCUGUCACUUAGUUCCGUUGCAAAUUGUUCUGUGGGGAUAUGUGUUUGCAUGAUCGUGUUAACUGUCGAUGAAUCUAAUGUUCUUCCAUUAAGAAUAAUCAAUAAUUUUUAAAACAUCUCAAAGAACAAUCUACAUUUUCAGAAUAUUUGUCUUCCGUAGUUCCUUUUCUAAUUCAGCAUUGCACAUUUAUUGAAUGUUUGUCCAAACACAAUUUAAAAUUGCUUGUUUCCUUUACAGUCUUAACAGAGUGUGCAAUGUAUUAAAAAAAAGAUAUCAUUUCUGUUUACGGAGACAAGCAUUUGAACAAAUGUAUGAUGAAUUUGUUUCGUUACUUUAGGAUAGCUGUGGAUGUCACAAUAUAUAAAAAGAUGUUAUUUGCAAAUA